UCUCAACUACCAACAACCCCUGUUCCAUAGGUGUUACGAUGGCAACCGGACCCUCUGUAGCAGUUGUUGGGGGUGGGAUAUCAGGACUGGUGUGCGCUAUACGACUUGCCCAGCUGGGAAUACAAAAUGUCACGGUGUUUGACACAGGAAAGCAUGCAGCCGGAGGAAGAUGCUCCAGUCGCCAUGUCAACAUUGACGGGAGGCUCUACACGUUUGACCACUCAACUCAGUACUUCACCGUGUCAGACAAACGCUUUUGUAAUGUUGUAUCCUUCUUACACGCCCAGGGUGCAGUUAAAGAGUGGAAAGGUCCAAUUGGUCAUCUAAAGGACGGUCGUUUUCUUCCAACGAAGUCGCUAACACAAGCGUUCGUGGGAGUUGAAGGGAUGUCUUCCAUAUCUAGCUGCCUGGCAUCCCGUGUCAAUCUGAAACGGCCUGUUUGGAUAGGAAAUGUAGCUUGGGAAGAAGCAUCUAAGAAGUGGAAAGUUGACAGGUUUGGGUUUUACGAUUAUCUGGUCAUAGCACACAAUGGAAAGUGUGCUGAUAGGCUGAUGAGUAGUGCUGGUGUUCCAAACGUUCACCGUCUGCUGCAGGUCCGAUUUACACCUCGUCUUGACAUUAAAGAUAAACGAAUGCAGCUUUCUUCUCUUUGGAUGUUGAUGGUGGCGUUUCCGAAGUCACUGUCGUUGCCGUAUGAAGGGGCACAUGUGGAGGAUAAGGAGUUAUCUUGGGUCGCAAACAAUACGGCGAAACUUUCCCGAGAUAAAAUGUCAGUGAUGGAAUGUUGGACUCUCUUCAGCACCAAGGAGUACGCGAGUGCAAACAAAGUCCCACAAGAAAACAUUCCACCACGAAAGGAAAAACAGGUAACUGACGAGCUGUUAGCUGCAUUUGCUAGAGUAACUGGACUUGGGUCAAAGUUACCUUCUCCUAGGUACACAAAGGUUCAACUGUGGGGCGCAGCAGUCCCUCUGAAUACUCUCAACACGAAAGAGGAAUGUGUUUUUGACGGUCAGCACAAUGUGGGAAUAUGUGGAGACUGGCUUGUGAGCCCAUGUCUACAGGGGGCUGCCAUCAGCGGACUUCGUCUUGCUGAAUUCAUUCAGAGUCACUCAUCGGGUGCCAACAGGACAGCUUCGAGUCUACAGCUUGAUUUUACAGCAGCAGAUAAUCACGCUAUCGGCUCCUUCCCAACAGAUUCAUCCAUCAUAUUUAAACCGAAGAAGACUUAGGAGUGACGGGAUAGUAUUAUUAUGUGUUAUCAUUUUAUUCAACCUUUUACCACACACGAUUCAUCUACUUCGGAGAAGAUUUUCUGUGUUGUAAUUUUGGGAAACAUUCGGUAACUUUAAUAUUGUUGCAUGUGCUAUUUUGUGGUAUAUAAACCCCCUGUCCGGUAGGGUUGUAGGGUAUAUUGAAAACGUUCUUGUAUAGUUAAUCUUUAUUGGGAAAAACCUAGUUUUUUUAAGAUUGGAUAAAUUACCAAAUGUGUAAAGAGACAUUAUUGAAAAUUAUAAAAAAGUUUAUUCUUUUCAAACUUGUAUGGGAAGAUCAGUGGCGGAUCAAGACCUAUCUGGCGGGUUCCAAAUUUCCAGGGGGUACGUGUUUCCAUGUGGGGAAAAAUUGAGGAAAAUGGUGGAAAUACAUGAUUUUUAAAGAAAAUCCUCAGGGUGUGGGGGUUUACUGAAGCCCAAAAAAAACCUCUGGAUCCGCCACUGAAGAUCAAUUUGACAAGAAACUGAAUUAAUCAAUGUCGUAUAUAAAUAUUUCCCAUAAAAGGCAUGUUUUAAAUAUUACUAUUUUAAAACUAUGCAAACGCUAUGUACAUGUAGUAUUGGACAGUAUUGCGCAAUUUAUCUGUUUUUCUUCAUUUUUUUCACCAUCAUAUGACACAUAUUGUCAGUAAUAAAAUACUUG